AUACUCUGACAGUUUCCUUAUUGUCGCACAUCUGCGAUAUUUUUAUGGCGGAUACUUGAGAAUCUGAUCUCUACGCAGAUGGCUCUUAAAGACAAAAAAGAAGAUCGAAGACAACUAAUAGAACAAAUUGAAGAAUGGAACGCGAACCGUUUGGAUCUAUUCGAAUUGUCUCUACCGGACGAGGAUUUGGAAUUUCACGGUGUUAUGAGAUUCUAUUACCAAGAUGCUGGUCAGAGGGUAUCUACGAAAUGUGUUCGAGUAUCGAGUACCGCAACAACGAAGGACAUACUCGAUAUACUCAUAGACAAAUUUAGACCAGACAUGAGAAUGUUGUCUCGACCCUCCUAUGCCGUGUAUGAAGUCCACGUUAAUGGAGAUGAGCGGCGACUAAGAGACAAUGAAUAUCCACUAAUUAUUCAAAUGAAUUGGGGUAAAGAUGACAGAGAAGGACGUUUUCUGCUCAAGUCAGAAAACCAAAUAACUGUUCCAAUUCAUGCCCAGAAUGCUGCAAAUGAAAAUGUACCGUCCGAAUCCGGUUUUAAACGCAAAUUAUCAAAGAGAGAGAAAAAGGAAAAGAAGAAAAGAGAAAAAGAGGCUAAAUUAAGAGGAAAAGAAAAUGAAACUCCAGUUGAUACAAGCAUUUCAAAACAAUUGUAUAAGGAAUUACCAGAAACUUCCUUCACAAGAAGUAUCUCAAAUCCCGAAGCAGUUAUGAAAAAAAGAAGGGAGUUAAAAUUACAAAGAAAGCUGGAAGAGAUUCAAGCACAAGAUGAUAGUGGCGGAACUUUAAAAAUUUAUGGCAGAACGCUAAACAGAGAUGUUCCGUACAAAACUCUUUUAUUAUCAACUGCAGACGAUGUGGCUUAUGUGAUAAGAGAGACAUUGAAUAAAUAUGGUCUUGAGAAAGAAGAUCCUGACAAUUUCGUGCUUAUUCAAGAGCUUUAUGACCAUAGCACUCAGCGCAGAUAUAAUCAUAUUAUGGGUGACACGGAAAUCCCGCUCUUGAUAAUCAGUCAAUAUCCCCCUGAAAGUAUAUUUUUUGAGAUUCGCAGGCGCACUCCAGACAUGCCUCCAAAAAGCGUCCGAAGAGCUGUACAGCAGCAGCAACAACAACAGCAGCAACAGCAACAACCUUUGCUACCAUUUUUACGAGAAGUCGAAAGUGAUGGCAGAGAAUUGAAGAAAGGCCGCGAUUUCUUGGUGAAAGAAGGCAUGACUGAAAUGGGAUCGUCAAAACCUCAGCAACCGGUUGAAAAUUAUAUACGUUUAUAUGGUGCUGACGUACUACCAAUUCAUUGUGUUAUUAUGUACUCAGAACAAGUUGCUAGUGUUACUCCUCAACUGUCAAAUGCUGAUGUUUGCAUUGAUAAUGUUCGAAUUGGAAAAACAGAAAUGCUUAGACAUAACGCAAUUUUAAGAGUUGGCAAGCACAACUUCUUCAGAUUUAUAAACCCCUUGGAAAUAGAAGAAAUUGCUAACCAGCAGAUGAAAGAACCUCAAGUAUCAAUGAAUGAGAGCCAAAGUCAUAUCAGUCAAAAGCCAUUAUCACCAGAGAGUCACCUAUCUCCAAUGUUUGCUAAACAAUAUCCGGCAGACAACGGACCGCCCCCAACAUAUCACCAACUUUCUCCGGAUGCUCAGCCUCCUCCCAUGUUCCAAAGGUUGUCACCGGAAAAUCAAACUAAUCAGUCGUACUCUAAACAAUUGACACCAGAUGGCUCCAAUAACAAGAGACUAAAUGUCGAAAGUACCAACAGUCCAGUUCCAUACGCUUCUCUAAACCAAACUAACCUACCUGCUACCAUAUCUUAUUUAGAACAGUAUGAAGAUGAACUUUUGAGAUUAGUGAUUAAUAGUGUUCAACCUAAUGAAGUAAAUUUUAAAUUAGCUCCAACAUACACUUUAUAUAUGGCUGCCAGAUACCGACUGUCAUCUGAAUUCAGACCUGAAUUGGAUCACAAUGAGAAAACUAACCAAUUGUCGCAUUUCUUACUUAAAGUAGCAGGACUCUUGCAUAGAGCAGUAUUGACAAACGUAAAUAAUACACCAGCGUUAGCAUUUUGGAUGGCAAAUUCUUCGGAAUUGUUACAUUUCGUAAAGCACGAUCGAGACAUAGCUAAUUGUGCAACGAGAGCUCAAGGAAGUAUAGAAGAUGCGGUUCAAUUAGCAUUUCGUCAACUAGUAGAAUGUAUCGAAUCGGAAUUAGAUGGACCUUUGAUUUCUUUCUUCGAUUCGUCAGAUGAUAUUCAAAAUAUGGAUAAUGAUAAGCCGCAGGUUUCCCAUGUUCUUCAAUUGUUAACAUCCACUAUGUCCCUACUACGAAGGUGUAGAGUCAAUGCUGCACUAACGAUUCAGUUGUUCUCACAAUUAUUUCAUUUCAUUAACCAUUCUCUGUUCAAUAAAUUGGUUAGUAUACCUAAAUUUUGCGCUAGAGAAUGGGGAGAAAGAUUACGUCAUCGUUUGGCUUUGGUAGAAAAGUGGGCUGAGAAACAAGGCUUGGAAUUAGCCGCCGAAUGCCAUCUUGCACGUAUAACCCAAGGUGCGUAUUUACUAUCUGCACCGAAAUAUGGACCUCAAGAUACUGCUGCGAUAAGUUCUGCCUGCUUUAAGCUGAAUUCCUUACAAAUCCAAACUCUCCUCACUCAAUAUGCUUGCGCUCAAGGAGAGCCACCCGUCUCCCAACAAUUUAUAACAAAUGUUGUUAGAAUAGCUCAAAGUACAGCCGAUGUCCAUAUAAGGGAGGAAGGCCGAAAAUUGCAAAUUAACGAAGAAACCGAACUGCACCUUCCCUUUCUAUUGCCUGACGAUGGUUACACUUGCCAAUUACUCAGAGGUGUACCAAACGGUUUAGGAGAUUUGAUAAUGCCGUUGCUCAACGAAGGUAUUGCAAAAAUUACUGUUCACGCACCUAAUCCAGAUUUAUGGACGUUAAAUUUGAUAUCCGAUUCUUCGCCUGUAACACCACAGCAACAGGUGAUACAGCACUCACCUCAAGAACAGCAUAUGUCCUUGCCAACAGACAAUGACCAAAAAGUUUCUCAAUAUCAGAGCUAUGAUGAUGGUCCGGAAAUAGAAAUAAUGCUGAUUAAUAAAAUCAACAACAGCCUCGGAUUAAGCAUUGUCGCAGCACAGGGUGAGAACCAACCAACAAGAGGAAUCUACAUAAAAUCAGUUGUUGACAAUGGAGCUGCUUUCAGAGAUGGUCGUUUGAGAGCCGGUGAUCAACUACUCGAAGUUGAUGGACAAAGUUUAGUAGGAUUGAUGCAGGAGAAGGCUGCUCAAUUAAUGACUAAGACUGGAGCAACAGUUCAAUUAAAAGUUGCUAAACAGGCUGCAGCUUAUCACGGCCUCGCAACUUUAUUAAGUCAGCCGUCUCCCAUUAUGCAGAGACCGGCACCUCCAAAGCAAUCACAUUCUGACUAUGUAAUCCACCAACGGAUUCAAGAUCAACACCAAGCUCAUAGUGUAUCAACAUUGCCGCAAACAUCGAUACAUCCAGCCGCUUCUCCAGAUCGUUUUUCAAGGGCGGCAACGAGAUCUAAAUCAACUUCUCAACUCGAUCAAUCUGAACCGGCUCAGUUGCGGUUUGACACGCCAACUAAUAUGCGCAACCAAAUACACAAGAGUAACGAAGCAGAAAUCCCAAUUCGGCAUGUCCCUUCACCCGACACGAGAGUUGCUGAAUGGCAGAAGAGAAACGAGCAGUAUGAAAGACAACAAUAUCCAGACGACGUCCCAAUUGAAUAUAAGAGAACCCAGCAGCCUCAUUUUUAUGACCACGGCGCACAGCAAAAACAACCACAAUCUGUUCCAAGAUCUCAACAAGCUUUACCGCCGAGGUCAAUAGAUAUUUCAGCUAAUGCCCCAUCUCGCCUCAAUCAAUUAAGUGACAUGAAAUCACCGUCGGAAACGAGACAUCCGCAAGAUACAACUUUAUCUCCCACUGCUAAACAAUACGGGGAUUUUAGACAAAAUGAGCCAAAUCGAACCUCUUACCCGUAUGAAGUAGAUAAUCAGCAACAGCAACGGAUCACGUACGAACCUGCUCCAGCCGAUGUAUCACCACAACAAAAAUCUCAUGAACGUCAAUUGCAUUUAGAAGGUGCAAUGAUGUAUAAGAUGCCGGCAACAAGGAGUUUAAAUAAUCUAGCUCAUACGCCACAAUCUCGUGAGCAAGAUAUACCAAAGGUUCAGAAUGAUCCUAGAAAGCAACAACCUCAUUUUUAUAAGCAAUACGAUCCCCAAAAUGAACCGCUUUACAAACAAGUACCUCCAUACGAACAAAGAGAACAGAAAGACAGAACUAAGCCAACUGUAAAUCAAGCUGAUUUGCAUACAAGAGAUAUUUAUAAGCCUCACAAUGAAGACUCUCAACAGCCUUUGUAUUCAACAGUGAAUAAAGUGAGAAACAAUCAACCAAAUAAUGCGUAUAAUCGAUGGUCACCCGAAAAUUUUCCUCCUCCACCGAAUGAAGUCAGACCUCCGUCACCUGAUGAAGAGCUUCCACCCCCGCCACCACCCCCACAAGAAUUUGAACAUUUGAUGAUUCAUGAGCGGCAAAGGAACGAUAUACCUAAGAAAGUGGAGGAAAAUUAUCAAAAUAUUCCGGUUAGUCGAUACUCACAACCAGGUCCACCGCAGACGAAACCUCGUCCGCCACCAACGGCCUCCAAACCUAAAAUACCCGAUAAUGAAAAGCAGCGAAUUUUGAAAGAAUUCGACAGAAGGGUUUCCGACGAAAAAUUUAAUCGAUCGGAACCCGAUAGCGAUAUUGACAUGAGGGAAACUGCCGCUGGUCGAGCUGCAAUUGUUCGCAUGCUGAACGAACAGGUUGAAGGAAAAACUGCUCGUUUCUCUAGGGACCGACAACAAGAUGAAUUAGAAAGGGCAAGGCUUGAAGAAGAAAGUUAUGAAAGAUCAAGGCGCAGGUUAGAAUCAUUUGAAGAAGAUUUAGAGAGAAAAAGACAGCAAGAGCAGAUGCGUUUUGAAAAAAGAGACAGAGAGAGGGCCGAUUACUAUCAAAAACAGCAAAACCUAGCAUCUGAAGGUGCUCACUACGAUUAUAGAUCGCGUCAGCCCAUGGAACAUGAAAGACCACCGGAACGUCCAAGCUCAACCUAUAGUAAUUUACCAAUGCCACCACAAAGACAUAGUUCUUACGAAAUCUCUAACCAGAGAAUACCUAGUUCAUCAUCAAUGGGCCAUGUUGCACCAUAUGAACCUCCGCUAUCAAACCGUUCGUCUAGUGUAUCUACUUUGCGCCAACUUCCGGAAUCGGGGGGCAAAAAGAGCGUGUCGUUCAAUUCUAAUUUGACAACGGAAAUUGCGGAAUCAUCUAAACGAUUUGCCAGCACAUCCACUGAAGGUGAUACGAAAGCACCAUUUUCUUCAGCCGUCGAUGGGAUAUUUGCUGCUUCGAUGGGUGGUAACAAUGCCUAUCCUGGAAAUUUAUCUCCGAAACGACCCGAGGAGAGUCGGGAAAAGAAUUUCGUAGUGUCCCCAUCAACUCCAGGCGUUGUCGGAACUCAAGAAAUUUAUCGAGAUCCUCGGGAUAGAUUAAUGGCAAACAAACCUCGUAGAGUAACACCGGGGACAGGGGGUCCUGAACGCUUAUCAUUUAGAGAUAAAAUGAAAAUGUUUGCCUCCGAAAUUGGAGAAAAUACACCGCCAGAAAGAGUUAAAACAUCACGAAUGCAAUAUCAGCUUGAACGUAACGGCUUAAAUUAUUAG